CAUAUACACCGCUCGGAGUUACUGCGUUGUUACUGGGUACGUGUCUGCAUAUAUAAUUGCCUGAUCAUAUGAAGCAUAACGGCUUGCAUUAAAACGUUCAUUGAGGAAAUGUAAAUCAGUGAAACAUAAAUGGCAAGUGAAUCGGAUUCCAAACCAAGAUGUCCAGAAACUUUACCUGAUAUAACAUUCAAAGAAAAGACAUGCAUAAAGAAGGCCUGGCGACAUGUUGUAGUUGUUCUGAUGUCCCUGAUCCUGGGUAUGGGGAUAGGUUACUUCGUGGGGUAUGUUCUACAUAGGGACCCGGCAGAUGACAGAUCUCAUCAGUAUCCACAAGCCCAGCAUGCCAGGAGAUCUCCACCCUCUGUUUUCUCUCCACUAUCCUACGAGGAAAUUAAAUCAGUAGUGGAUUACUGUGAGCAAACAAAUAUUACAAGCAACAAAAGGACCAUGACUAUUUUUCACCGCAACAAAAUAAUAAGCCUGUCGGUCCUCAUCCCAAGCAAAGAUGCUGUUUUGGCUUAUCUGGAUAACAAUGGCGCCUACCCCGGUAGAUACGCUAGAGUCUACGUGGACAAGGCUAUGGAAAAUCCCCCUUAUUUUGUCGAGUAUCAGAUUGGACCGCUACAUCAGGCACCAAUGGCUCACAAAGUGCUUCGCACAGUGAGAGACCAUGACAGACGACCUCGAAGUACGGCGGAAUUCUCAAAGAUAAGUGCAAUUGCCACAGCAGAAUUUGAAAAGUUGAACAAACUGUUCGAGGAAUGUUUUGACGGUGGGACAGUAAGCAUUAAAAAACGCGGUGAAAAGCAGUUACGUGUCUCGGUUUCCUCUUUAAGUUCCCAGGUAGGUCGGAUCUCUACGGUCUACUUGCUUAUUCCCGGGAAACUGUCAACGUCCGAUAUUCUUCCGGUGUUCGCCACUAUAUCCCAUGCUGGAUUAGACGUGACUAAAUGGAAAGUAUUUGACAUAUACUUUUUCCGCCAAGGACCUUUUGCAACUACAGACGACCUUUUAACUGCAUAUAGGACCGGGAAUCUGACACUGUUUAAAUUGCCUAAAGAAUAUAUCAAUAGUAUUAAAACUUCUCGGGAUUACACGAGACAUUCAAGUCAACCGCUACGAGAAAAAGCCCAUCUAAGACCCCCGAAAACUAUAGAACCAGAGGGCCCAAGAUACACAGUAACUGAUUACAUGGUUGAGUGGAUGGGUUGGAGCAUGGAACUUUCUAUGAAUAAUUACCACGGACCAGCCAUCUUUGACAUUCGCUACAAGGGAGAGAGACUAGUAUACGAAAAUUCAUUAAAUGACCUGUCACUUCUGUACUCGUCCUUGAACCCUGGCGCAGGAUUGACUUUGACCAUUCUUAGCGACAUGGUAUUUCGCCUCGGUACUUUCACAAGCAUCAUUCGCGGCCUGGACUGCCCCGAGUACGCAACUAUCCUUAAUGUGACCACCUUCAGCGAGAGCAGGCAGAAGCCUUUCAUCAGAGAGGCCAUCUGUGUAUAUGAGGCAGAUGGUCAACGUCCACUAUGGCGACACAGUGGUAACGUCAACAGCGGCAUGAAUCAUAACUACCUCAAUAUUCGCAUUCCACUAAGUCUUGGCAAUUAUGACUACACGUUUGACUUUGAAUUUCACCUUGACGGAAAAAUGUGGACCUAUGCCACAGCUUCCGGCAGUCUGUUUACUGCUUUUUGGUUUGAUGGCGAUGAUACGGUUGGGUCUGAAAAGUCCAGAACCCAGUUUGGUUACCGUGUAGCGGAACAUUCUAUAGGAAGUAUUCAUGACCAUUUGUUUUCUUUUAAAGUUGAUAUUGACGUUGUUAGUCGUAAUAAUACUUUUGAAAAAAUUCACUGGAGAGGAGGGACAAUAUCGGAAGCCGUAAAAAGUCAAACAAAUAAGCCUGCAGACAUAUAUGGGACACCAUUUAAUUAUACCAGAUAUCUAGAGUUCGAGAAAAUCAGGGAAGAAAAGGGGUUAGUCAUUGAAUCCAAGCCCGUAGUGUGGUCAGUCAUAAAUGAGAAUCUACGAAACAAAUGGGGAAAUUUCAGAGGCGUCAGGAUCGAACAUACCCAGGAAUACCAGGAAGUUCUUCCUCAAGAUCAUCCUGCUUUCGUUGCAUUUCCUCAGAUGAAGUACAACUUGGCUAUAUCCAAACACCACGAUGGCGAGGACUAUGUAGAUACCGUGCAGUACGACAAACAGCGACUUCACGAUCCUCUCCAAAAUCUAAAUCACUUUCUUAACGACGAAAAUAUCGAAAACUCAGACCUAGUAACGUGGGUCUCAGUUCGUUUUCUACACCUUCCUACAAAUGAAGACUUCCCUAUGACUACUGGGGCUCCACGUGGAUUUCUUAUCCAACCAAUGAACUUCUUUCACGACACGCCCACUUUUGAUAUGCCCCAGUAUGACAUUUAUAAAAACGGGACCAUUAAAAACAAUCCAUACUUCAUUCACAAACAACACUCUAUAUUACCGGAAGACAUCGACCGCCCGGACUAUGCCUAGAAAAACAUUGACGUUCUAGCCGGAAGCGGAAUUUCAGGUCUUACUCCUAAUGCAUUAACAAUGCAAACAAAGUACUUGAGAUAAAAAUAAAAUCAAAACAAUGUUCCUUAAACAAUCUUUCCGAAUGAUUGCUGCUUAAAUAUUUACCUUUUUUCUAACGUUCGAUAUACAUGUUCUAAAUAGACUUUUUGAGUGGUCAGACUAACCAUAAUCAAAUGUUGUCUAUUGAUUGUUUAACAAAAAUCACUACGCUUUGUUUUUCGAGUCAUAAGAAAGAUAUUUAUCUGGAACUUUUCUUCUGCGAAAACUAAGCAUUAUUCUCACAAAAGAAGACUCAAGAUAUCCUUUAAAGUUAAUAUUGACAAAAUAGGUUUUUAUGGGAGGAAACAUUAUACCUUUGAAAGAGGUUUGUUCUUCUGCUUUUGGGUAGAUAUUUUGGAUCACAUUUAGUCUGAAAAUUCUGGGGUUCUUUUCAUCGAGAAGCCUAUAUUUUGGGCAUAACUUUUGUCUAGUCCGGGGAGUUGCACCAAAACUUAGUCGGGAUUAUUUUGCAAUUCAUAAAGCGGCUUAAUUAGAAGCAUAAACUUUAGACUUUAGCUUAAGCAUACGUCCUUAACAACGCAGCUCUGCGCAUGUCUUACAUCGUUUCUAUUACUCAUUUAUGAACAGGUGUAUUUUUCUUGAUUUUCUUAAAGAUUAUAUUUUUUUGAUAUCAUAACUAACGUAUCCUUUGUUCACAUCAUGUUU